CUCAGCCUCUCUUUUGAAGUCCGAGAAGUGAGGAUGCGCCUCGUGGGUCGCAGCGGGGAGGAAAGGGGAGAAGAGGGGGUGAGCGAAGCGGAGGGUUCCGAGCUAAAUGGAGGGCGGGGCCCACGGGCCGAUGCCCCACCCCCUGUCCCCCUGCCCUUCGGGGGAAAAGCCUCUGGGCGGAGGAGGCGCUUUCAAAACAAAGAAAUGCGGCAUGGAGCCCGGGGGACGCGGGUGGAGAGGAAGGCGGAGGAGACGCGGCCGAACCCGAGCGCCUGCCAGCUUCCCCUCCAGCCGGUCCAGGGGAGCUCUCCCCACCACCCGCCGAAGCUGCGGCGGGGAAGGGGGAGGAUGGCUGCGUUCGGCGGCGGCUUUCUAUUUCACUUUUGCAGAUCUGGUGUGGAAGGAGCGCGCCCGCUCUGCUACCCCGCGUGGCUGCAGUGCGCCCAUCCCCGAGCCCCGCGUCCGUUCUGUCCCGGCUGCAGGGCUGUGCCCGAAAACACGCAGAGCGCUCGGAACGUGCCCAGCAGCCGCGCGACGAGCGUCUGGAGCCGGCUGCCACCGUCCCGCCCUCGCUGCCUCAGCCCUUCGGGCCAGGAAGCCGACCCGCCCGCUAGCAGUCGAGGAGCUCCAGCCGCCCUUGUCGCCCCUGCGGCCGCGCGGACGAUGCCCCGCUCCAGGCCGAGGUUUCUCCCGCUCGGGGUGGAACGCAUCCCGGGCUGUGGGUUUAGCAGACACACCUUUAGUCAAGAUCUUGCUGUAUUGCCGAGGCUGGACUCAAACUCCUGGGCUCAAGUGAUUCUCCUGCCUCAGUCUCCUGAGUAGCUAAGACUACAGGCAUUUUGCAAGUUCCCUGAAGGACAGAUAUGGAAGAUUAUAAAACCAGCUCCUAGUUUGACUCCGUGUGGAAGUUCAGCCUCCUGGCCUCUCCCGCACCUCUUCAGGAUCUGUCCUCCUACCGAGCACCCACCUGAUGGAUCUCUCCCCACUGCAACCCACCCUCCUCUCCAGGACCACCUUUUCUUGCCUGUAAUUCUGGCCUUAGGAAUGCCCAGAGGAGAUCUGUACCCAAAAAGUAUGUUUGAGCAAAGCCAAGUUUCCAGAAUAAAGAUAAUCCCAAUUUACAA